UUGCAUUUCUGAUCCUUGAAGUUCGAGUGGUGCACCGGGUGACCUGAAGUAACGUCAUUAUGUUGUAUUGUUGUGAUUUAUUCGGCCGUGUUUGGCACUCACCGAUCAUUCGGUUAUAUUUGUUUGCAUUUUUUAUAGCACCUGUGUUCUUACACCCACAAUGCUUGGAUUUCAAGCCCCCCUUCAAGCCUCAAGAUGACCUCCAGUUCUGCGCAAUGUACAGGAACUUCGGCUGCUGCGACUCUGCCAAGGACCAGGAAUUGAUGGCUAAAUUCUAUAAGAUCAUGGACAAUUUCGACUAUUAUGGAUAUGCCAACUGUGCUGGGUAUGUGCAGGAUCUUCUCUGCCAGGUAAGCAAAGCGCGGGUAAAGGUCGAUACUUGGUUGUUUUCAGAAUUACAUCAUCCAUCAGUUUUUGGCGAGUCCCGGCAUGUUUGUAGAGGCAUAUACUUGUUAUUCAGCGGCACAUUCACCGAAACAAAGAUAAUGUAAUUACAAAUAAAAUGGUCUGAUCUGACAUGCGUUUUUAGGCACUGGCGUAGCCUAGCACACACCACAACAAGGAGGGGGCCCAACGGGCUUUGGGGGCCCCUCCCAAAGCUUUGUUGGGGUCCCCCAGGAGGUCGGCCCCACAGAUAGCAUAUGAACACUUCAUAAGCCAUGAUUUUUAUUUAUUACAGAAAGUAGCUUUAAAACUUCAAAAUGUGCGCUCUGCCUCAUGUCAAAAUGUGUAUAAUAGCAGGUAAUUAGCUCUAAAACAGCAAUAUUUUCUCUUAGCCUCAUGGCAAAAGGUGUAAAAUAGCAUGAAUUAGCUAUAAAACUGGGGAGAGGCUUUACAGACAUGCCUGGUGCCCAAAUUGAUGAGGUUUGUCCAAAUUGAUGAGGUUUGUUGAGCAGCGAGAGUCAAGUUCAAUUCGGAUCGGUCAGUUCAGUCAAUCAUCCUGAUGAGCCCUUUCCAGCUAGCUAGUUUAUGCUUGUGGAUAGAAACUUCAGCAAGAAUUUGAAACUUGUCUGCCGAAAUUGGGACUUGGGAGUGUUGAAAAUCAUUCAGUUUUUUAUCUGAGUAAUUGUUUGUUUUGUAAAAACAAAAAUGUAACGUUAGACAUUAAGGCCAUAGUUGUCAUUCUUUGGGGGUGAAAAUCACUACAAUAAAAUGUCCUUUAGCUGUCACUCUGGCCACACUAUCUAGCUACACUGAACAACAUUUUUUACGCAACAUGCAACAAUUUCAAAGAUUUUACUGAGUUAUAGUUCAUAUAAGGAAAUCAGUCAAUUAAAAUAAAUAAAUGAGGCCCUAAUCUAUGGAUUUCACAUGACUGGGAAUACAGAUAUGCAUCUGUUGGUCAAAGAUACCUUAAAAAAAGGUAGGGGCGUGGAUCAGAAAACUGGUCAGUAUCUGUUGUGACCACCAUUUGCCUCAUGCAGCGCAACACAUCUCCUUCGCAUAGAGUUGAUCAGGCUGUUGAUUGUGGCCUGUGGAAUGUUGUCCCACUCCUCUUCAAUAGCUGUACGAAGUCGCUGGAUAUUGACAGGAACUGGAACACGCUGUCGUACACGUCGAUCCAGAGCAUCCCAAACAUCCUCAAUGGGUGACAUAUCUGGUAAGUAUGCAGGCCAUGGAAGAACUGGGACAUUUUCAGCUUCCAGGAAUUGUGUACAGAUCCUUGCGACAUGGGACUGUGCAUUAUCAUGCUGAAACAUGAGAUGAUGGCGGCGGAUGAAUGGCACGACAAUGGGCCUCAGGAUCUCGUCACAGUAUCUCUGUGCAUUCAAAUUGCUAUUGAUAAAAUGCAAUUAUGUUCGUUGAAGAAGCUGGAUGUCGAGGUCCUGGGCUGGCGUGAUUACACGUGGGCUGCUGUUGUGAGGCUGGUUGGACGUAUUGCCAAAUUCUAUAAAACGACGUUGGAGGCGGCUUAUGGUAGAGAAAUGAACAUUACAUUCUCUGGCAACAGCUCUGGUGGACAUUCCUGCAGUCAGCAUGCCAAUUGCAUGCUCCCUCAAAACAUGAGACAUCUGUGGCAUUGUGUUGUAUGACAAAACUGCACACUUUAGAGUGUCCUUUAAUUGUCCCCAGCACAAGGUGCACCUGUGUAAUGAUCAUGCUGUUUAAUCAGCUUCUUGAUAUGCCACAUCUGUCAGGUGGAUGGAUUAUCUUGGCAAAUGAGAAAUGCUCACUAAGAGGGAUGUAAACUAAUUUGUGCACAACAUUUUAGAGAAAUAAGCUUUUUGUGCGUAUGGAACAUUUCUGGGAUCUUUUAUUUCAGCUCAUGAAACAUCGGACCAAAACAUUACAUGUUGUGUUUAUAUUUUUGUUCAGUAUACUUCCCUCUCCUUACUGUGGCAAGUGGGAGUGAAGGACACUAUGCCCCGUGUUGUGUUGUCAGCUUGCAGCGCAAACUCUCCCCAUUGAGCAGUGUAGACUGUAUAUCAGAGACAUCCAGAUGGUUAGGCCUACUACCAAUAUAACAAGCUAUUUCUCGUAUAGGCUGCUAUUCUACUCAAAAUAAAAUCAAGUGGGAUGGAACAAAUUGGAGAUGGUGACCAAUACUACAAGUUAUUUCUCCCUCGUCCAUUGAAAUUAAACAUCACUUUCUUUUACCAGUUUUAACUAGCGCACAUACGCUGGAAAGGGCUUAUCAGGACGACUGACUUACUCGAAUACAUUCGUCUCCACACACACUUGACUGAAAAAGAAGUGAACAUUAAAUUCUCUGGCAACAGCUCUGGUGGACAUUCCUGCAGUUAGCAUGCCAAUUGCACGCUCCCUCAAAACUUGAGACAUCUGUGGCAUUGUGUUGUGUGACAAAACUGCACAUUUUAGAGUGGCCUUUUAUUGUCCCCAGCACAAGGUGGGCCUGCUAAGGGUUUGCUCCUCACCUGUGUAAUGAUCAUGCUGUUUAAUCAGCUUCUUGAUAUGUCAAACCUGUCAGGUGCAUGGAUUAUCUUAGCAAAUGAGAAAUGCUCACUAACAGGGAUGUAAAUAAGCUUAUACUGAUUAUUAUUAUUUAUUUAACCAGGCAAGUCAGUUAAGAACAAAUUCUUAUUUACAAAGACGGCUUUCCCCGGACUACGCUGGGCCAAUUGUGCGCCGCCCUAUGGGACUCCCAAUCACGUCGGAUUGUGAUACAGCCUGGAAUCAAACCAGUGUCUGUAGUGACGCCUCUAGCACUGAGAUGCAGUGCCUUAGACCGCUGCGCCACUCGGUAGCCCCAUGAUAAGAUGCAUGUUGUUAAAACAAGCGUAUCUCCUCAAAUCGAAAGUGUACGUGCUUCACAGAACCAGGCAAAAUGUCUAAGAGGACAGGGGGGGGGGUGCCCAAAUGAAAGAGUUUGGUUGGUCCCUGACUUCCCCCUCAUUUCUCCUGUUUCUCCACCUUCCCUUCUUUCUCCCCUCCUUCAGGAAUGCUCUCCAUAUGCAGCUCACCUCUUCGAUGCAGAGGACCCCAGCACCCCCAUCAGAACCCUCCCUGGCCUCUGCCCUGACUACUGCUCUCAGUUCUGGCUCAAAUGCCGUUCCACCAUCACCUUGCUCUCUGACGACCCGCAGCUAGCCGAAGCUGAGACGGACCAGGACCGCUUCUGCCAGCACCUGGAGCUGGAGGACCCAGACUACUGUUACCCACACCUUCUCAGGUGGGGCUGCCAAGGGUUUGCUUGGGGAGGGGGGGUGGGGUAGGGCAAAUGUUCAAAUUUUUUAUUGGGAUGUACAGUUUAUGUAUGAUUCAAUGAUACAACGAUUGUACACACCUCCUCAGCAACAAACAGCUGACACAGAACUUAGGCCGGGUCCGGGCCGACCCCGAGGGUUGCCUGCAGCUCUGCCUGGAGGAGGUAGCCAAUGGCCUGCGGAACCCCCUGGCCAUGGUUUACGCCAACGACGGAACACACCGCUUCUUUAUAGCGGAGCAGGUGUGUGUGCUCACUUUCCUUUAAGAGCUUUCGUAUUGCAUUGUGGUAUUAUAGGGGCGUUUUCCCAUGCAGACACAGAUUAAGCCUAGUCCUUUACCUGCACUAAAAAACAAGCCCAAUGGAGAAUCUCUUUAAAAAAUAGUUUAAUCUGCGUCCUGGAAACCACCCUAUAGUGUAUUGAGUCUGUGUAUUUUGUUGUAUGUAUAUGUUGGCCUCACAAAAAGGAAUUUCCGUAAUGAAUGUAUUAUCAUAUCGUAGGUGGGUCUGGUGUGGACGUACCUGCCCGACCGCUCCAAGCUGGAGAAGCCGUUCUUGAACAUCACCAAGGCCGUUCUGACGUCGCCCUGGGAGGGGGACGAGAGGGGCUUCCUGGGCCUGACCUUUCACCCCAACUACAAGUACAACGGGAAGCUGUAUGUAUACUACUCCGUGGAGAUUGGCUUUGACGAGCGGAUCAGGAUCAGCGAGUUCCGCAUCUCCCCCAGCGACAUGAACGUGGUGGACCACAGUUCUGAGAGGUACAGUUAUGUGGAGUGUGUUGUGUUCUGGCCCCAAAAAUGGCUGCUGAAUGUGCAUCACCCCGUGGGCCGGAAGGGAGGAAUCCUCAUUGUUGAGAGUGCACACAUCCUGAUCAGUCUUAUUGCAUUAUCUCCAUGUUCUGUAAAGGGGUCUACACACUCUACGGAGGCAGCCCUUACAGAAAAAAACAGGCUUCUGGCAAACAGUUAUAAUAAUAAUAAUAUGCCAUUUAGCAGACGCUUUUAUCCAAAGCGACUUACAGUCAUGCGUGCAUAUUUUUUUUUGUGUAUGGGUGGUCCCGGGGUUCGAACCCACUACCUUGGCGUUACAAGCGCCGUGCUCUACCAGCUGAGCUACAGAGGACCACCAGUUGUGGCAAACCUUUGGGCAAGCUCAUAUUUUCACAUGCAAAUUAGUUUUGUGGCAAACUGUUGUGGCAAAUUUGCGGCAACUUGUGAACUUCUGGCAAACAAUUCUGGGAAACUUGUGGCGAACAUUCUACUGUUUGUUGCAAACUCAGUAUGAAUAUGCAAAUUAGAUCCGGUUUUUGGUUACUGUGUGUUAACAACAUUGAAAUGUUGUAUCUACAUACACCAAUCACAUAUCACUUUAAAUGAGCUUGCUUCUCACAGAGAACUAAACAUAUGAAAUGUACUAAAUGUACUAAACAACAUUUAUUCAAUGUCUUAACAGAUAAAAAAUUAAUCAAAUACAACUUGAAAUCGCCAGCAUGCUAAUGAAGAAAAGACCAAAGACUUGAUAUUUCCCAGAUAAACAAUUUAUUUAAUAUUUUUAUGUAGCUACAUCAUUUACAUGAGAUAAAUGUCAACACUAUGGGUACCGUACGAUGUUUAAAGGGGCAACUACAGAAUUUACAUGAGCCAAGCGAUAACUGAGAAAUAGCUUUAAACCAAUGGAAGUUUAAAAGAUAAACAACAUUUAAAUAAUUAAAACAACAAAAACGAAAUCAAACCCAGUUCAGAACUAUUGCCUUUUUGAGUGAACUUUGGAGAUGGUGGCCCUGUGAAAGUCCUUCGUCCAAAGCUUGUUGAAUGUAUGAAAUGAAACAAUCAGAAAACACCAAACUAAAACAAAAUUAGGAUACUGAAAACAAUUACUUAAUUUUUUUUCUAUUUUGGCAUCUUAAAAAGGUAGACUCAGCGGCUAAUGGGCGGGUUUGGCUUUGGAAAAAACGGCGUUAGCUGUUACAAAGUUGCCUUGAUGUUGCCAUGCUUCUCACUUAGAAAUGUCCUUGUUUUCGAAACAAAAGCUAUUUUUUUGUCCAUUAAAAUAACAUCAAAUAACACCAGUCUCAACGUCAACAGUGAAGAGGCGACUCCUGGAUGCUGCCCUUCUAGGCAGAGUUGCAAAGAAAGUCCAGUGUCUGUGUUCUUUUGCCCAUCUUAAUCAUUUCUUUUUAUUGGCCAGUCUGAGAUAUGGCUUUUUCUUUGCAACUCUGCCUAGAAGGUCAGCAUCCCGGAGUCGCCUCUUCACUGUUGACGUUGAGACUGGUGUUUUGCGAUUACUAUUUAAUGAAGCUGCCAGUUGAGGACCUGUGAGGCGUCUGUUUCUCAAACUAGACACUAAUGUAUUUGUCCUCUUGCUCAGUUGUGCACUGGGGCCUCCCACUCCUCUUUCUAUUCUGGUUAGAGCCAGUUUGCGCUGUUCUGUGAAGGGAGUAGUACACAGCUUUGUAUGAGAUCUUCAGUUUCUUGCCAAUUUCUCACAAUGAAUAGCCUUCAUUUCUCAGAACAAGAAUAGACUGACGAGUUUCAGAAGAAAGUUAUUUGUUUCUGGACAUUUUGAGCCUGUAAUCGAACCCACAAUUGCUGAUGACCCAGAUACUCAACUAGUCUCAAGAAGGCCAGUUUUAUUGCUUCUUUAAUCAGCACAACAGUUUUCAGCUGUGCUAACAUAAUUGCAAAAGGGUUUUCUAAUGAUCAAUUAGAAUGAUAAACUUGGAUUAGCAAACACAACGUGCCAUUGGUUGCUGAUAAUGGGCCUCUGUACGCCUAUGUAGAUAUUCCAUUAAAAAUCAGCCGUUUCCAGCUACAAUAGCCAUUUACAACAUUAACAAUGUCAACACUGUAUUUCUGAUCAAUUUGAUGUUAUUUUAAUGGACAAGAAAAUUGCUUUUCUUUUGAAAACAAGGACAUUUCUAAGUGACCCCAAACUUUUGAAUGGUUGAGAGAAUGCCAAGAGUGUGCAAAGCUGUCAUCAAGUCAAAGGAUGGCUACUUUGAAGAAUCUCAAAUAUAAAAUAUAUUUUGAUUUCUUUAACAUUUUGUUUUGGUUACUACAUAAUUCCAUAUGUCUUAUUUCAUAGUUUUGAUGUCUUCACUAUUAUUCUACAAUGUAGAAAAUAGUAAAAAUAAAGAAAAACCCUUGAAUGAGUAGGUGUGUCCAAACUUGUGACUGCUACUGUGUAAUAUAUAUAUUUAUAUAUAUACACACACACACACACACACACACACACACACACACACACCCCGUGUAGCUCAGUUGGUAGAGCAUGGCGCUUGCAACGCCAGGGUUGUGGGUUCGAUUCCCACGGGGGGCCAGUGUGAAAAAAUUUAUGCACUCACUAACUGUAAGUCGCUCUGGAUAAGAGCGUCUGCUAAAUGACUAAAAUGUAAAAAAAUAUACAUAUAGUGCAUUCGGAAAGUAUUCAGACCAUUUGACUUUUUCCACAUUUUGUUACGUUACAGCCUUUUUCUAAAGGAUUAAAUAAAUACAAAUCCUCAUCAAUAUCCAUAAAGACAAAGUGAAAAUACCUUAUUUUGCAAAUGUAUUAAAUAUAAAAAACGGAAAUACCUUAUUUACAUAAGUAUUCAGACCCUUUGCUAUGAGACUCAAAAUUGAGCUCAGGUGCAUCCUUGAUCAUCCUUGAGAUGUUUCUACAACUUGAUUGGAGUCCACCUGUGGUAAAUUCAAUUGAUUGGACAUGAUUUGGAAAGGCACACACCUGUCUAUAUAAGGUCCCACAGUUGACAGUGCAUGUCAGAGCAAAAACCAAGCCAUGAGGUCGAAGGAAUUGACUUUAGAGCUCCGAGACAGGAUUGUGUCGAGGCACAGAUCUGGGGAAGGGUACCGAAACAUUUCAGGAAGGUGACCAAGAACCAGAUGGUCACGCUGACAGAGCUCCAGAGUUCCUCUGUGGAGAUGGGAGCACCUUCCAGAAGGACAACCAUCUCUGCAGCACUCCCCCAAUCAGGCCUUUAUAGUUGAGUGGCCUGAUGGAAGCCACUCCUAAGUAAAAGGCAUAUGACAGCCCGCUUGGAGUUUGCCAAAAGGCACCUAAAGGACUCUCAGACCAUGAGAAACAAGAUUCUCUGGUCUGAUGAAACCAAGAUUGAACUCUUUGGCAUGAAUGCCAAGUGUCACGUCUGGAGGAAACCUGGUAACAUCCCUACGGUAAAGAAUGGUGGUGGCAGCAUAAUGCUGUUGGGAUGUUUUUCAGCGGCAGGGACUGGGAGACUAGUCAGGAUCAAGGGAAAGAUAAACAGCGCAAAGUACAGAGAGAUCCUUGAUGAAAACCUGCUCCAGAGCGCUCAGUACCUCAGACUGGGGCGAAGGUUCCCCUUCCAACAGGACAACAACCCUAAGCACACAGCCAAGACAACGCAGGAGUGGCUUCGGGACAAGUCUUGAAUGUCCUUGAGUGGCCCAGCCAGAGCCCGGACUUCAACCCGAUUGAAUAUCUCUGGAGAGACCUGAAAAUAGCUGUGCAGCGACGCUCCCCAUCCAACCUGACAGAGCUUGAGAGGAUCUGCAGAGAAGAAGGGGAGAAACUCCCCAAAUACAGGUGUGCCAAGCUUGUACAAGGGUACAAGGGUCUGGGCUGUCGUGGUUACAUGUGGUCUGCGGUUGUGAGGCUGGUUGGACGUACUGCCACAUUUUCUAAAACGCGGUUGGAGGUGGCUUAUGGUAGAGAAAUGAACAUUCAACACUUUACAUGUUCUGUUUAUCUUUUUGUUCAGUGAGUGAAUACAUUGAAGCAGCAUAUCAAAUUGGGAUAAUGUUGUAGGUUACACUGGCGAGUAGACGAAAAUGAUAUUUGCCAGGGCAAAUUAUUUAUAAAUCGUAUUAUUUCACAUGGAGGAGAUGUGGGAAGCUAAAAGGCUAGCCUUCUUGCUGUUUUUAGCCAGCUGGCUAGCAAGUUGCUAGCGGAUAUACCUACAGCCUAAUGGGAGGCACAAAACGAGGUAAUGUAAAUCAAACCUAAACUUUCAUUACAUGUAGGCCUAGCUAUUCCUUAAAUAUGCAGUUGGUUUUCUUUCAAAUUAGCUAACAGUGGUGAUGUUUUCAACUUGAUUCUUCUUUUCCCACCUCAAAUGGAAAGACAAAAGAAUAAUCUCUGCUAUCGCCGUCUUGUGAACGUUGCUAUUUUGUCUAGAAAUGCAUGGGCCGGCGAGGUAUCAUGUUACCAAAAGGUGUCUGCUGCUCCAAAAAUCGUACUUCACCCAAGUGCACGCACGCACGCACGUAGUCUAUGCACGUGAAGCUUGCAGCAAGCUUAAGAUUCACUGAGGAGAGACAGGCAGGUGAUUAGUGUGUCAUUGCACAGAACAUCAAUGGGAGGUUUCUCUAUAAGACGUUUUGCACAAACAAAAUCUAUGCCAAUACGUUUACUGUAUGAUUUUCUACCACUGAUUUCUCUGUCUCCAACUCCUUCUCAGGAUCAUUCUGGAGGUUGACGAGCCUGCGUCCAAUCACAACGGAGGAAUGGUGAUGUUUGCUGAUGACGGGUACCUGUACAUUUUCACUGGAGACGGGGGCAUGGCUGGUGACCCUUUUGGGAAAUAUGGAAACUCUCAGAACAAGUGAGAGAAGAGAGGAAAACUUGUGGAACUCACAUUCAUGACAUUAUCUUAUUGAAUCAUAUAAUGUUAACGAUUAGUUACAGCUGUUAACAUUAACACUGUUGCUAAUAAUACAUUACUUCUAUUUACAUUAAAAAAACAUUAAAAACCAUAAAGACAAUCAGUAAUCAUACUUACAGAUAGAGACACAGUGUUAUGUUCCACAUUCAUACUGCUCUCUUCUGCAGGUCAGCCCUGUUAGGCAAAGUGCUCCGUAUUGAUGUUGAUGACAAUGACAGGGGUCCCCUGUACAGGAUCCCUUCUGACAACCCGUUCGUGCAUGAGCACGGGGCGCGCCCUGAGGUCUAUGCUUACGGGGUGCGCAACAUGUGGAGGUGCUCCUUUUUUCUACAACUUUACAACUUAAUAUGCUUUAAUUCAUGAAACAUUACACUGACAACAAAAAAAAGUGUGUUAAGAGUUUACAUUACUGCAUGGAAUAAAGGAGUAAUAACUUGGUUAUAAAGUGUAAACUAGUUGUAAUUACUUAAGAUUUUGUUAGUAAUUACUUACAUUUUUUAAAAGGUAUUUUCUGACUUUAUUGAACACAUAGAGAGAGGUUGUGUCAAAGGGCAGUAGGCCGGAUUCAAACCUAUGCUGACACAGUAGACCGCUAGACCUCCCUAGGCCACACUUAAGUUGUUUUAUUGGUCGACUUGUUCUUGUUUCUCCCAUGGAGGUGUUCUGUGGACCGGGGGGACCCCCUGACUAAGGAGGGCAAGGGCCGGAUCUUCUGCGGGGACGUGGGACAGAACAAGUUCGAGGAGAUCGACAUCAUAGAGAAGGGAAGGAACUACGGCUGGAGGGCCAAAGAGGGCUUCUCCUGUUAUGACAAGAAGCUGUGCGCCAACAGCUCUCUAGGUGGGCAUCCUGUAGUUUAGCCUGAUCCAAGAUCAGUUUGUGCUGUAUAGCCAACUCCAAUGCUCAUCGUCAUGCCGGCAUCCUGUAGCUGGGUCACGGAGUGUUUUGUUCUGUGAUUUCCUUCUGUUUUAUUUUAUAUACUGUACUUGAUUUAUCCUUAGACAGUAAUGGAAUCAGAGUGGGAAGAGAUGGGAAGGGUGGACGUGACGUGGGGUUUGAACCUCGGUCUCCAGGGUCAUUAUGUGCUUAGAAGGGAAGUGCUCAGGAGGGAAUAAGCAGGAAAUCCGGGAAUCCUCCUGAUCAGGAUUUCUGGAAAAUCACAGGCUCUGCACGAAGUCUCUUAUCUCCUGCUUCUGUUCUCUUCCAGAUGAUGUACUCCCCAUCUAUGCCUACCCUCACAAGAUGGGCAAGUCUGUGACUGGCGGCUAUGUGUACAGAGGCUGUGAAUACCCCAAUCUGAACGGCAUGUACAUAUUUGGAGACUUUAUGAGUGGGUAAGGCUCCUUACUGUAUGUGUUGAUCAUUUUAAGUUCAAUUCAAAUCCUAAAAGUGGUUAUGGAUGUUGAUACUAUAUAGCAGGUGUCUUUUAAAUACAUUUAGAAGGUUGUGUUUUAUGUUUUCAUGUAUAGCCUAUAAGGAAAGCAUCCUGAAAAAUGUUAUCAAUUCUAAAAUGUAGUGUCUCUUCCCUAUAGGCGUAUGAUGAGCCUCCAGGAGAAUAGGAACACGGGUCAGUGGGACUACCAUGAGAUCUGUAUGGGCAUGGGUCUGACCUGUGCCUUCCCUGGCCUCAUCAACAACUACUACCAGUACAUCAUCUCCUUCGCGGAGGACGAGGCAGGUAGGAGGAGUCACAUUACACCUCUUUUUGUUUGCCCUUGGUCACAGGCAACGGAAAAAGGUUUUUAAUCAUCAGAUCUCUAGGCUGCACACAUUAUGCCAAUUUCUCAAACCAAGAUUAAGCCUAGUCCUGGACUAAAAAGCAUGCUCUUUAGAGAAUUGAAUAAGAGUCCAGGAAUCUAGCUAGAUUUUAAAUUACUGUAGGUGACAUUUUUAUUUUUCUGUCUCAACAGGAGAACUGUACUUCAUGUCUACUGGAGUGCCCAGUGCCACAUCUCCCACCGGUGUGGUUUACAAACUGGUGGAUCCCUCAAGGUAAGGAUUUAAAGACAUAAUCUGCAAUUAAAACAGCCUGACCCUGCCACUGUUUGGUUAGGUGAGGAUUUAACAAAGUUUACUGCUCUUCUCUUGAAGAUGACAGAAGCCUAGCAACACUGUCAUAGACACACACUUUUUAAAAGAGACAAAGACUAAACAAAUCAGUGAAACAUGUUGAGCAUCAGUUCAUGAUUACUGAUCUGGUUAUUUUAAAAUCAGAAGAACGUGCCUGUAGUUCUUAAUCUGAUUUCCAUGGUAAAUUCAGUCUCUCUGUGUUCUGUGUUCUUUUUUUUUGUUGGUAUUUUACCCCCUUUUUCUCUCCAAUUUCGUGGUAUCCAAUUGGUAGUUAGUCUUGUCCCAUCGCUGCAACUCCCGUACGGACACGGAAGAGGCGAAGGUCGAGAGUCGUGUGUCCUCCGAAACACAACCCAACCCUGCUUCUUGCCCGCUUAACCUGGAAGCCAGCCGCACCAAUGUGGCGAAGGAAACACCGUACACCUGUUAACCGAGUCAGCGUGCACUGCGCCCGGCCCGCCACAGGGACAAGAACAUCACUCACUCACAAAGCUGAUUUUAAUUAGUCUCUACCACAGCAAUGUUUGGAAAGGGAAGAGUAGAGUAGGCCUUCAAACUCAUUCUGGGAAAGAGACCAGCUGAAAGCUAAUCAAAUACAUCUAAAGAGCCAACUUCUCAACAGAGGCCGCAUGAAACUGGUGUGAACCUCUGGCUUCUCACCCUCUGAUUUAGUUUUCUACCCUGCUGAGGACUUUUCUUUUUGUCUUUUGUCUGUUUUAGACGGGCACCGCCAAGAAAAUGUCACUAUGACCCGCUGCCUGUCAGAGUGAAGGGCAAGCUCAUCAAAUUCAAACCAAAGGAAAGUGAGUAUGCUGGCUCUCAACAUUCAUCUCUAUCCGUCUGUCUGUCUGCUUUUAUUUUGUUUGUUUUAUUUGGCCUCCUUUGCUCAAUCAAACAUUUAUGUCAGUAAAAUACACACUAGACUUCACUGCUUCAAUUUGAUUAUUCACUUCAUCGUCAAUUCACAGAUUAUUAAGUCAUUUGAGAGAUGUUUUUAGACCUCUGAGAAUGCCAGAUUCCUAUUAAACGUAUAUUACACUGUAGAUAGUCCUACAUGCUAAUUAUAACCUAAUCUCCCACAACUAUACAUUAGUCUUGUCCAUGUAGUUAUCCUACAUCUGACCUCUUCUUAUAUUCUACAGCAUUAACAGGAGUUGAACUACCGACCAAGCGUCCAAAUCUCUCCCCGCCAGAAGAAACCGUCAGACCCCAUCCCACUGAGUCUGCAGUAACUGAGUCCGACAAGGACUGGCUUCAGGAGCUCAUGGACAUUCUAAAGGAGCAAGAGGCUGCCGCCGUCACCACCACACUUCCUCCAACCACCACCACAACCAAACUGCCCAGGCACACAAGACGGAAACAUCGCAGGAAGAAGGGCAAGCACCGGUCGGAGAGCGGGUCGGCGCCAGCAGCCGUGCCUCAGAAUGGGGUGGUGAGACUGGCGGGGGACGAGCAGGGACGGGACGACCGGGGGAGAGUGGAGAUCUUCGCCAACGGGGAGUGGGGAACGGUGUGCGACGACCUGUGGAAUACGAAAAACGCAGCAGUGGUUUGUCGACAGCUGGGGUUCCGGUUCGCCCUGAAGGCGUCCAAGCACUCGGAGUUCGGAGAAGGGAAGAGUCUCCGGAUUCUUCUGGACGAUGUCCAGUGUGAGGGGACAGAGGAGAGCCUGCUGGACUGUCAACACACGGGCGUAGGUAUGCAUAACUGUGCCCAUUACGAGGACGCAGGGGUGAUAUGCGGGAACUCGGACUACGUAGAUGCCUAGAAAUGAGAGUCCAUUGAAUUUAUUCCUGACUGUGGCCUAAGUGAUUGUAACUAAAACCAAGGAAUAUUGCUGUCUAACUUUUGUCUAAUUGUUGUAGAUGGUGGCAUUUCUAGGUCUACCUCUUUCAUUAAGGUAAUAUAAUGCUGAUUUAAUUGCUGUGUUAAAGUCUUAAAGGGUUUCUAUUUGAAUUGAAGUUUUUGCUAAUGCAAGACAUUGCUUUCUCUAAAGCAAAUUCAUCUAAAACAGUAUUUCGAUGAAUGUAUAAGGAAUACCAGGUUAUUUAAUACUUACUCAUGAUCACAUACUGAAAUUAAUUAUCCAACCAGACUCACAAGAUAUGUGCUCAGUUGACAUGGAAAACACAUACAGUAUAUAUAUAUAUAUAUA